GUGACGCUCAUAAACACGUCCUCCGCUGCUGGGUACCGCUCAUCUGCCUCCUUGCGCUUUUGGUGCCCACUGAAGCCCGCCACCAUCCUCCCCACGACGUGCUGCCCUGCACCCUCAGCCAUGUGCCGGACCCUGGCCGCCUUCCCCACCACCUGCCUGGAGAGAGCCAAAGAGUUCAAGACCCGGCUGGGGAUCUUUCUUCACAAAUCAGAGCUGGGCUCCGAUACUGGGAGUGUUGGCAAGUUUGAAUGGGGCAGUAAACACAGCAAAGAGAGCAGAAACUUCUCAGAAGAUGUGCUGGGGUGGAAAGAGUCAUUUGACUUGCUGCUGAGCAGUAAACAUGGAGUGGCUGCCUUCCACGCUUUCCUGAAGACAGAGUUCAGUGAGGAGAACCUGGAGUUCUGGCUGGCCUGUGAGGAGUACAAGAAGAUCCACUCGGCUACCAAGCUGGCCUCCCAGGCUCACCGGAUCUUUGAGGAGUUCAUCUGCAGCGAAGCCCCUAAAGAGGUGAACAUAGACCACGAGACCAGGGAGCUGACCAGGACGAAUCUGCAGGCUGCCACGGCCACGUGCUUUGACGUGGCUCAGGGGAAGACACGCACCCUGAUGGAGAAGGACUCCUAUCCACGCUUCCUGAAGUCACCUGCUUACCGGGACCUGGCUGCCCAAACCUCAGCCACCUCUGCCUCUCCGUCCAACUGCAGCCCGGCUGAACCUUUACACACCUGAGCCUCAUGGCAGUGAGGAAGCCAGCCGGGAGGAGGUGGAGUCACCCAUCCCUGAGGCGGCCGCCCCUGUGUGGGGGACAGGUUCUGGAAAGCGAGCAUGAGUGGACAGUGAAGGAUACGGCCAUUCUGGCAGCCUGUCUUCAAAGCAAAACCCUUUCCUCCAGAUACUGUGGGACUGGACGCCAUGCAUGAGAGGGCUCCCCCACUUCUAGGACCUGUGGAUAAGGGCUGAAGAUGAGGGUCGUGUGGGGCUCUCCGGGGAAAAGAAUGGUGGUGUAAGUUCUAUCUUUGGCCCUCGUCAUUCUCAACGGGGCAGGAUAUAUUCCAGGGUAGUUAGGGAAACAUGUGCAUAAAGGGAAACUGGAAAAUGAGAAAAGGGAAGACAACCAGAUCAUCUGUUUUUGCCUGUGGAACAGUUGACUGAUCGCAUCCUGUUUUCCUAAUUCCCAGACUGUCCUGGGCACAGAAGGGAGCUGUGGAUGUGGAGCCUUCUCAUUCCAUCCUCCUCACCUGCCUCUGGGCUGCCCCAGGGGCCCUCAACCUGCACUUCUCAACACCCCCAUGUCCAGCCCCACUGUCUUGUCAAUGCCGGGGUACCAAUGUGAUGCUUGCCCAAAAUGAGAUUUUUAUACCUCAAAAACUGGCCUUUGAACCCCCUUCCAAGUCAGUAGCCCUGAAAGAGGCCUUCUUGCUCCUGUGAAAUUAACCUUGGUGCUCCUGGUGACCUCUUGCAGGUGGCCCCUGACCCUUGCUGGGAUGUGCCCUCUCUGAGCUCUGUGCUGCCCUUGCAUGUGGGGCCCGGGGCGAGAAAGGUGUGAGGCUCUCGGUGAAGGGCUAGUCCAGCUCUUACGCCGGGCAGUGUGGAAGAAGGGAGAUAAGGAUCAUAAGAGACGAAUCUCUUGGCAGUUCCCCAAAGCCCUGUUUAAAUCAAGCCAAUAUUUUUUGUAGGUUUGAGAACAGGGAGAAAGAGACACCCUAGGAUGGAAGAGGAGCCUCGUGUUUCUUUCCUGUAGAUGGGAGGUGCACUUAUUGGAGUGUUAGGAGAAAUGGGGCAGGGGCCACGAUGACCCUUGGACAGACCAUAGAAGCUGGGGAGAGAGGCUGCUUAGAAGAGCUGGAGUGGGGGAAAAAUCAGAACCUGCUUGUCGCCUCAGGGCAUCACCGAACAAACAUUCCGUAGUGGGACUUCUGCACGAGCCCAGGCUGGGGAGGUGAAUUAACCAGGCAGCCCCCUUUGCCCCAGGAAAAUCAACACCGUUCUCUCUGCACUAGGAGCUCCUCCAGGAGAAAAUUAUUUAAGUAUAACAUAUUGUUGGUUUUGUGACAAUUGUCAUAGCGUGUUGUUCUUGUUGCUGUUGCGUUGUUGCUAUUGUUAUUUAUUAUUGUAACUUCAGUUUGCCUCUGCUGGAGAAUCUCCACAGGAGCUGGCAGCCUGACGUCUCCCUCCCUCCACCAGACUCUACCUCCGAAUGUGCUGGGAAUCUUUUUAGCGCCUGUCAGGACCUCCUCACGGUUUAAAUAUUUAUUUAUUGUUGACAACUGGAGCUGGUUUCCUAGAUAUGAAUGAUGUACUCAAUCCCUGUUUUCCUGUUUCAGUAUGUUAUAUUCUUGUAAAAUAAAAAUAAAACCCAAAUACGA